AUGUCAAAAGUUCCCGAAGUAAGAGAUGAUUCAUUUAAUUAAAUAUAUAUUUUUUUCUAUUAGUAUUAGUGGCUACAUGAAAGUAGUUCUGUAAGCGGCAACUGAUCCAGGACAAGAUAACAGGCGGAGGGGAAAUUUUUAAAUUUCUUAUAAAUAAGGCAUGCUUAAGGGGGGGGGCAAAGAGGCUAAUUGCCUUAUGGCACUUAAGGUUCCACAAAUUUAUAGGUUGCUAAAUUUUAUCUAGAUAUUAAGUUUAGUUACUUAAUAGAAUAAUUAAAGUCUUUGUGCACCAACGCUAAUUAGCAUAGUACUGUAUAUAAAACAUAUAUUUAUUAUGAAAAUCAAGCUAAUAAUAUAUUGGGAAGUGGGCGAUUACCACCUUCACUGGAUCAAUCACUAUCUAUGAGUUUAAAGAUUAUAAGUUUUUAUUAAUUUAUGAGCAGGUUGGUGGGUGAGUAGCUAGGAGAGGGUUAGAUAAUUAAAUAGGAAAAUUAGUUUUUUUAAUAAGUUUAGGUGAUUGUUUUUGCAAAAAGUGAUUCAUUUAAUAAUAAUAAUAAUGUAAUCUAAUAUAUUAUUAAUUAUUUUUUUAUAGAAAAAAAAGGCGUGAGGUUUUUUUUAAAUAAAUGGGUUUGUCAAAUAAAUUUUUGAGUAAAUAUUCAGUAAAAAUAAAUAAUUAACUUUUAAGUUGUUUUAUAGUAAAAAAAUAAAUACAUUUUUAGUUUAAAUACAUUUUUAUUAUUCUUCUUUUUCUCAUACUAAGCAUUACAUUUUUGAUCAAAUAUAAUAUGUCCUAAAAAUGUUUUAUAAUUAAUUAUAAUAUUAUAUAUUUAUUUAUAAUUUUUAGCCUAUUGAGACGGGUGAGAGUUCCAAGGGAGAUGGUUUGAAAGCAUACUACACAAUCAAAAUAGAUCAGUUGUUAUUGGCCAUAAAUGAAAAACAGUUAAACAUUAAGCGUUUACAAGCUCAGAGAAAUGAACUUAACACUAAAGGUAGUAAUGUAUUAUACUUAAUUUAUGAAGUAUAAUUGAAUUACAUUUUGAGUUGGUUAUUAGUUAAUGAUAGCUUAUAAAUACCUAUGUCAAAAAUAUCAAAGUACCUAUUAUUUAAUUUCUUAUCCUGGUGAAACAAUUAUUUUAUUAAUCAUUAAAUACUAUUAUUACUUGUUUACAGUGAGACUGUUGAAGGAAGAAUUGCAAUUACUUCUAGAGCAAAGUUCAUUUAUUGGUAAAGUAAUCAAGGUAAUAGAUAAGAAAAAGGUGUUGGUAAAUAUCCACAUGGAAGGAAAAUAUGUUGUGGAGACCAAUUCAAAUAUUGAUGUUAAAGAUUUGAAACCGAAUUGUCGUGUAGCAUUGAGUAGUGACUACAUUUUACACAAAAUACUGCCACAAAAGGUUUGUUAAAAUAUACUUAUAUUUAUUUGUUAUAAUAAAUUAUUCAUUUUGUUAUGAAUUUAUAGGUGGAUCCUUUGAUUUCGCUUAUGAUGGUUGAAAAAGUGCCAGAUUCUACUUUUGAUAUGAUUGGUGGAUUAGAUCAACAAAUCAAAGAAAUAAAAGAAGUAAUCGAAUUACCAGUGAAACAUCCUGAACUGUUUGAUGCUCUGGGUAUUGCUCAGCCAAAAGGUGUUUUGAUGUAUGGUCCACCUGGAACUGGUGUGUAAAAUAGUAAUACAAAAAAUUGUAUUAAUAUUUAUGAGUUACAAUUUUAAACAGGGAAAACUUUACUGGCUAGAGCUGUAGCUCACCAUACAGAGUGUACCUUUAUUAGAGUCUCAGGCUCUGAACUGGUACAGAAGUUUAUUGGAGAGGGUUCCAGAAUGGUAAGAGAACUCUUUGUUAUGGCAAGGUAAAUUAUGUUUUCAUUAUAUUUACAAUUUUUUUUUUCAAUUAUAACAUCUGUAGUAAAUUACUAUUUCACUAUAUAGACAGCAUGCACCUAGUAUUAUUUUUAUGGAUGAAAUUGACUCCAUUGGAUCAUCACGCAUAGAAUCUAGUAAUGGCGGGGAUUCAGAAGUACAGAGAACUAUGAUGGAGCUGCUCAACCAGCUUGAUGGUUUUGAAGCAACUAAGAACAUAAAGGUUAAAUAAAUUUAAAUAAACACAUGCAAUUAACAUAAUGUUUAUAAUUAUGUAAAUCUUAUUUUAUUUUAGAUCAUCAUGGCAACGAAUCGUAUUGAUAUUUUGGAUCCAGCUUUGUUAAGACCUGGACGUAUUGAUCGAAAAAUAGAGUUCCCAGCUCCUAAUGAAGACUCGCGUUUGGAUAUUUUGCGCAUACAUUCAAGACAAAUGAACCUCUUCAGGGGUAUAAAUCUAAGGAAAAUUUCUGUACUCACACAAGGCGCUUCUGGAGCGGAAUUGAAGGUAAUAUAAUAAUAAUAUAUAAUAUAUGUAAUGGGCAAAAGCCAAAAUCAUCCAAAUACCCAAAGUACCUGCAAUGCUUAGACAAAAUAGAUAUCACUUUUGCAUUAUUAUCCUAAUUACCAUCAAAUUAUGUUACUACUGUGUAACUUUGCAUUUUAAUUUUUGUCACAAGCUAACAGUGACCAACAUCAUUUGGACAAAACCAUGUCUAUAUAUUUAAAUUUUUCACAGUAUGUGAGUACCAAAUUAUUACUGACAGCAUAUUAUAAUAUAUAAUAUGCAAUAUUGGCAACAAAUAAACAAAUAUAUUUUUUGUUGUAUUUUUAUGAUUAAGUUUACUAACUUUUUAAUUCUUCAAUAUAAUUAUAUUGUAACAAUAUUAUUUAUAUGUAAUUUUAAAAAACGUGGUACAUACCUAUUGUGAAAAAUUGAAAUUUAUGGACUAUGAUUUUCUCCAAAUUAGAUUGGUCAUUACUAGGUUUGUCCCAUUAUUUUUUUUUUUGUCAGUAACAUAAUUCAAUGCACCCAUCUUCAGAAAUUAAUGUUCAAUGUCAAUAUUAUUUUAAAUUAAUGUAAUAGUUUUGUUUGAUGUAGGGUGUAUGUACAGAAGCAGGAAUGUUUGCAUUAAGGGACAGUCGUAUACAUGUUACACAAGAUGAUUUUGAAAUGGCUGUUUUUAAAGUAAUGCAAAACCAAACAAAAACAAACAUGUCUCUAAUAAAGCAAUGGAAAUAA